ACGCCAGAACUGUCCUGUUGUCACGCCCUCUUCACCAGUUCAACAAGGAAUGGGAUCGCUAAGAUAUACGCGGGGUCAGGCUGUAUUACUUAUGUAAUGGAUUCUAUACUUCAAGAAACGGUUCGUGCAGGCAAAGCUGAAAAAACAGUACUUCCCAAGUUCGUUCGCCCGGCUCACGCUUGUCGGGAAGUGAAGCGCGACGCGACUACGAUUUCACACGAGUUCGGGCGCGGUCUGAUAAAUGACACAAAAAGUACAGUUACGACGACAGAAGAACACCAUGAUUGUGACAAAGAAGAUGGCAGCAGAAACUACAGUACUGGAUACUUCAACCACAGGGAACUUUCCAAACUUUUCUCCAUCGUUCGCGGUAUACCCUUUCCGUCAGAACUCAGUACUGCAGAAGGUUCAACGGACGUGUCGAAGUUUUCGUUGCCAAUGCUCUCCUCUGUUACUGCCACUUCAGUUACUUCCAGGAAACUUACUUUGCCACGAACAAUAACCAAAACAGUGGAAGCUGGUAUCCCCCUUGCUGCGCAUGGUUGUAGUAAUUCACUGCGUCAUGGAGACCUCAAGACAGUAGGUGCUCUGGGCACUGCAGUUAUAUUGUCUUCCUUGAACACGGACUCGUCCACCCUGGAUAUACUGCAGCAUUCAAAGCGGAGUACCGAUUUGAAGAGCGCAGACUACCUGCAGUGUCCAGGACCUGCAGCAGCGCAAAUUUAUGCAACUCAGCUUCAUCUUGAGGAAACUGGUUCAAAAGUACAGAAAAUGGUUGCUGUUGCCGAUAUAGAAAUACCAGAACCAGAGUCUAAGGGAAAUGGUAUAAAAGCAAAUACUGUCAAUAUCACAAGAACGGAUACUGUGCGCUCUGGAAUUCGAGAUGCAGAACCAAAGGUUAAUGUGCCAGUGCUGCUUUCAAUAUCUCCUCCGAUGGAAAAAGCAGCCAAUAACUUUGGUGUUCCGUUGCCUACUGAGCUAGCAACAGCAUUCUCUGGUGACUUUGAGAUGAUGAACGCUGAAGGCAGUCAUGCUGAAGGCAGCUAUGCUUUUGAAGCAAAUAGGUCACGAUCACGCAGCUGGCUUCCUUCUGAAGAUGAUUUGGUUCGUACCCUAGUUACAGAACACGGACCACGUAAAUGGAAGCUUAUAGCAACGCGACUAAAAACAAAGACGCAGAAACAGGUGUAUGCACGUUGGAGGGAUUAUCUUCAGCCUGGAUUGACCACAAAACCAUGGUCUAGAGAUGAACAGACGAGGCUCAUUGAACUACAGGCGCAUGUUGGUAAUCAGUGGGCUGUAUUAGCACGAUUGAUGCCAGGUCGCUCACCAAAUGCUAUCAAGAAUCGGUUUCAUGCAACGAAGCGUAAGUUAGAGCGGCGCAGUAAGAAAGAAGCAGACACCAUUAAACCUGUAGCUAACGAUUCCACGCGAUCGAGCGAGGACAUACCAAAGAAAUACGGCCAUCUGGACGCAGUCAAGGUGUCAAGUGGGAUUCCUAGUUCUGCGAUCCCUAGUUCUGAGCUUGAAAUGGAUGAUGACGAGUCGUUGGCUUUAGAAGGGUUGCUUUUAGCAGAUACACCUACUGCAUUGACUUCUCUACGAGAGAGGGAAGAUGCAGAUAACCAGUUUGACUCUGCCACUGCCCCGAACGAUGCCACUUCUGGCAUGGCAGUGCCCACAGAGUAAAGGAGCACGUUGCCAACUUUGAAGUGUUCAAACUUGUACAGUGAAAACAUUUAAUAUGGCGAGCAAAUAGCUUGCAGCAAGUGUUGUAGGAAUGCUACGAGUCAUUCAACAUUCAAAUCAUCAAAACAGGGAGAGCGACGGUCAUUAUUUUUCAAGAAGACUUUAGAGAGAUUUCCGAUUGCUAAUAAGCCUGUCUGUAAUCAGUUGUCUUAGCUCCUCGACUCCAAAACCUUCCUCUGCAGAAGCAACCAAUGCACCCUCUCCAAUCAAAUAAUAUGACGUAUUUACCGCUUCAAUGUCAUUUUUAUCCGACCAUGAAUAAUCUGAGUAUGAGGACACGCGUCCACCUAGUACAGGAACUAGUGUUGAUUUUGACAAAACAUCUACCCAGGGGCGGUGUAGCCCGAAACGCUCAUACAGUUCUGCCCGGAUAGAGAGUUGGUCAGCAACUGAAGUGCCACAUAGCCCACUCAAAUCUGUGAUAAAAAUUAUGCACGUAGGCAAGUGCUCCAGGGUGGCGAUGGUAAGCUUUUCAAUCUUAUUGCGAUUUCCUUCCGAGAAAGAGGGU